CUUUUACAUGCUGUGGUUUUCACCGGAAGUUUUUUCGCGUACCCCCGCCAUCUCCGGUAAACACUUCUUUGAACGAAAGUAACGUCAAUUGAAAGUGUUCUCUACUACCUCGUCUCGUUCGGAAUGGCUGGAAACUUCUGGCAAAGUUCUCACUAUCUGCAGUGGGUGCUGGACAAGCAGGACCUCAUGAAAGAACGACAGAAGGACCUGAAGUUCCUCUCUGAAGAAGAAUACUGGAAGCUGCAGAUCUUCUUUGCCAACGUCAUCCAGGCUUUGGGAGAACACUUGAAACUGAGACAACAGGUUAUUGCCACUGCUACUGUCUACUUCAAACGCUUCUAUGCAAGAUACUCAUUAAAAAGUAUAGACCCAGUUCUCAUGGCUCCUACAUGUGUUUUCUUAGCGUCUAAAGUGGAGGAAUUUGGAGUGGUUUCCAACACCAGGCUGAUCUCGGCAGCCACGUCUGUGUUGAAAACGAGAUUUUCCUACGCUUUUCCAAAGGAGUUCCCAUACAGAAUGAAUCAUAUAUUAGAGUGUGAGUUCUACCUUCUGGAGUUGAUGGACUGCUGCCUGAUUGUGUACCACCCAUACAGACCACUGCUGCAGUACGUGCAGGACAUGGGCCAGGAGGACAUGCUGCUGCCGCUGGCCUGGCGCAUUGUGAAUGACACCUACAGGACCGACCUGUGUCUGCUCUACCCUCCUUUCAUGAUCGCCCUGGCGUGUCUACAUGUGGCCUGUGUGGUGCAGCAGAAGGACGCAAGGCAGUGGUUUGCUGAGCUCUCUGUGGACAUGGACAAAAUCCUGGAGAUCAUUCGCGUCAUCCUCAAGCUUUACGACCAGUGGAAGAACUUUGACGACAGGAAGGAGAUCGCCGCUGUGCUGAACAAGAUGCCCAAACCCAAACCGCCACCAAACAGUGAGAAUGACCAGAGCUCCAAUGGCAACCAAAGCAACUCCUACAGCCAGUCGUAGCGCUGAGAGAGCAGCACAACGUUUGUGAGGUCACACAUUCAGACGACCCCGUUCCUCCUCUGGGAAGGAGCAGCAAAAAGUAAAGGUGGGCUCCAUGCUCCUGAUUAGACUAAUGGAUAAUGGUAGAGGUGGGGGGGGGGUUCUACAUAUGAUGAUCCUGACAUCCUUGAAUAUCCUAGAAGACUCAUUUCAAACUUGAUCACAAGUUGUGUGUGUGUGUGGAGGGGGUGUAUUCCUCAGGGACUGCAGUAGUCGUGUCCACUUACAGUAAUAAUGUGAUGCUGUGCUCUUUAAAGACAUGAAUAGACUAUUUUUUAACACCCCCCUCCAUAUUUUCCUUCCUCCCUUUUGUAAAUAUAUUGAUUUAUUUUCAGCUGAUUCUACUCGUGCUUCUUUAUUUUAGUGUUUACUUGCGGCUUCUUAUACUGUAUAUAUUUUUUUUAAAGCUUUCCACCUACUCAAUGGAAGUUGUUAUUUUUCUGUUUGGCCUCCAUCUAUUUAAUCAAGGAAUCGUGGUGUUACACCUGUGCACAAACGUGUAAAUGUGAAUGUGUGUGUGUUUGUACCAACAAGGUACUUUAAAGCCUUACAAAAUAAAAGCUGCUGACAGAACAUGUUCCAUUUUUGGUAAAACUAUGAAAUGUAUUUUUGGGGAGGAUUUUGCAGCAGUGCAGAAGCAGAGGAAGCAUCUCUCAUUUCCCUCCUAAGGCUUGUUAAUAACUUGUUAAUGUCCCCAACUCAUUCACUUUUACCGACGUGUGUGCUUCGAAGUCAUUGAGCUGAAAUGAAGUGCUUCCCUUUUUAAAAAAAACAACAACUCUGCCUUCUGGCAUUUUCCUCCCCGGCCAGCAGUCUCCAUCUGCUACAUGACUGUUCACUUGAGUCUAAGAUUAAAAAAGGGCUUUUUCCUUCACCGCGAGCGGAAUAUUCCAACGUCACCUGAACUGUUUUUGUUUUGUUUUUUGUCUACUUGAAUAUACCGUAAUAAAAAUAUGGUGUUAAAAAAAAACAA